AUGGUCUCACACGAAAAGCUCGAAAAGGGCAUGCUCAAGCAGAUGGAGCUCCAACAGGUGUUUUUGCCCGCGGAAAUCUCCGAGUUCGAGACGCCUCCCACGCCCACCCAGCUCGCCAAACAGGUGGGUCUGGGCUUUCCCAUGGUAAUCAAGAAGAUUGAUUUGCCGUGUUUUGGCAAAUGGAACGCAGCCUACCUCAAGGAGAAACUGGGCGAGAACCUGGUAGUGAGUAUCGCGGAAACCCCGCUGGGAAACGCGGAUUCGCCUCUCAACACAACUGACGGAUCUGUGUUUGUCAAGCCCCACACGGCAGAAAUGCCCUUUGGGGAGUUUGUCGAUUCGCUGCAGGGAUCAAACAGCUUUGACAGCCACAAGCCGGUGCGAUACCUGCAGAACCAGGAUGGAUGCAUGGCCACAGCCUACAAAAUUUUGAUGGAAGACUUGGUGGACAACUUUGAAUGGGCAGACGAGGUUCUAGGAGUGCCUGAAUUGGUCAACUUGUGGGUUGGGGACACGCGAACCACCUCGAGACUGCAUUGCGACUCAUUUGAGAACCUGUAUAUACAAGUGCGAGGAAUCAAGAAGUUCUACUUGAUCCCUCCUACCGAGGUGUACUGUCUGGAUGAGCAGUUCCUGACUUCAGCUACAUAUGUACCUGAUGGUCAAGGGGGGUACAAUGUUGUGAACGAUGAGAAUAUGCCCAAGACGCUUUUCCCUACCGUUAACCCGGCCGAUGAGAAGACCCACAACCCCAUCUACAGAAAGUAUUGCCGACCGUUUGUGGUGGAGUUGCAUGAGGGAGAAGUUCUAUACAUUCCUUCGCUGUGGUAUCAUCAGGUGCAGAUUGUGGAGACCCCCGAAGACGACGCCAAUGUGAGUGUCAACUAUUGGUAUCCCGCCAACUGCGCUAUGCCUCAGUACAUGAAGCAUGACUAUCUGAGAUACACAUCGCUCAUGUUGAGAGGAUACCAGGAUGAGAACUACGAGAGUGAUUAG